AUGGACCCAUCACACCUGAGUCAAGAAAGUACCCCCCCCCCCCCAUCCAGGGUCAUGGGCUAUAGUCCCAGGAGAAAAUCCUACCAAACUAAAGCUAAGGAAAGUUUAACUCUCUUUCGUUUAUUCUAUUACUCCUUCUUUCCUUGUUCUGUUGCUAGCCACCUCAUUAUUAAUGUAACUAGAUCAGACUCACCCCAAACCAUUACCUUUGAUGCUUGUUUAGUUAUUUCUUGUGGGGAUCUCCAAAGCCAGAGACAGCUUGCAGCAGCAGAGAAAUAUCUCUGCCCAUCCACAGCAGAUGCUUCUAAAUUGUUUAAGUACCUGUUUUGUCAUACUUGGGAAUAUGUCAUUUGGACCACUCAAUGUCAAGACUGGGUCCCCUCAGAGGAUUUCCCACUAGCAGUUCUAAAGCCCUAUAACCAUUUUACUAGAGGAAGUGCCCCUCCCAAUUGUCAACAUAACCAAUGUAACCCGGUGCAAAUUUCCAUCACCACCCCAAUUCUCCAAGAUUCCUCCCCUACCCUAAACUGUUUUUAUGGUAUGGGAGCAGAUGUAACAGGAAAAGACCCUAUAGGUUUCUUCAAGUUGCACCUCAUUACAUCCUCAUCCCUCACAUUUCCACCUCUAUCCUCUUCUAAACCUGCUGACCAGACCACUGUCUCUUCUCCACCUAAUGACAAAACCAACGUAGCUAUUGUAGAGGUUAAAAAUUUAAAACAAACACUGACAAUUGAAAAAGGAUACCACGAUGCAAAUGCCUGGAUGGAAUGGAUUGAAUAUUCUGUUUGCACUCUAAAUAAAAGCGACUGUUACGCUUGUGCGCAUGAGCCAGAGGCCCAAGUUAUCCCCUUUCCACUUGGAUGGUUUUCUGACUAGCCGGGCAUGAGCUGUAAGGUGGCAUUUUUCCAAGACCCCACAGCCUGGGGUAAUGAAUUCUGUCGAAUUCUCUCUCUGCUAUUCCCUGAAGUUCAACAUCCUGCAGGUCAGCUCCUGAGGGCCAUCCAGCCUCCAUCUCCAGACACCAAUUUUACUUCAUGUCUCUCACUACAGGGACAACAUUUGGCAUUUCUUGGAGACUUGAAGGGAUGCAGUGAGUUUAAAUCUUUCCAAUAGUUUACAAAUUAGUCCGCCCUUGUUCAUCCCCAUGCUGAUGUAUGGUGAUAUUUUGGUGGACCUCUACUGGACACUCUGCCAAGUAACCGGAGAGGCACUUGGGCUCUAACUCAAUUGGCCAUCCAUUUCACCCUGGCAUUUCAUCAACCAGAAAAAGGGAAACCACACCACCAUAAAACGAGAGAGGCCCCUCAUGGAUCUUUCAACUGUCAUGUUUAUAUAGAUGCAAUUGGAGUCCCACAGCAGGUACCUGAUAGAUUCAAAGCCCAAGACCAAAUAGCUGCAGGAUUUGACUCAUUAUUUCUGGCUAUUAAUAAAAAUGUAGAUUGGAUAAAUUACAUCUAUUAUAACCAGCAGCGACUAAUUAAUUACACUAGGGAUGCUGUCAAAGAAUUAGCCAAACAAUUAGGGCCUACUAGCCAGAUGGCUUGAGAAAACAGAAUGGCCCUAGAUAUGAUAUUAACAGAAAAAGGUGGAGUUUGUGUUAUAAUAGGAACCCAAUGCUGCACCUACAUUUCCAACAAUACAGUCCCUGAUGGAAAAAUUACCAAAGCUUUAUAAGGUCUUACCUCCUUAUCAAAUGAAUUAGCCACAAAUUCUGGGAUAAACAACCCUUUCACAGGAUGGUUAGGGAAAUGGUUUGGUAAAUGGAAAGGAUUCAUGGCCUCUAUUGUAACUUCUCUUACAAUCGCAAUAGCUGUGUUUAUUCCUGUUGGAUGCUGCAUCAUACCCUGCAUUCGUGGACUAGUCCAAAGACUUAUAGAAACAGCUGUUACCAGUAGCUUCCUUAGUUCUUCCCGAUCUUAUACUAAUAGAUUAUUUCUCCUGGAAGAACAACAAAGCUGAGUCAUGUUAGGUAAGUUUGAAUAA